GUUUAAACGUUCUUUUAAUUGCAGGAAUUGAAUUUGUUGCUGUAAACAAGACGAUUCUUAAAAGAUGGUGGAUUAUUAUAUGGUUCUAGGAGUGCAAAAGCAUGCCUCACAAGAUGACAUUAAAAAAGCGUACCGUAAAUUAGCCUUAAAAUGGCACCCUGAUAAAAAUCCAGAAAACAAAGAAGAAGCUGAGAGGCAAUUCAAACAAGUAGCUGAAGCCUAUGAGGUUUUGUCAGAUGCUAAAAAACGUGAGAUCUAUGACAAGUAUGGAAAAGAAGGCUUAAUAAAUGGAGGUGGAGGUGGAAGUCAUUUUGAAAAUCCCUUUGAAUUUGGCUUUACAUUCCGUAACCCAGAAGAUGUCUUUAGGGAGUUUUUUGGUGGAAGGGACCCAUUUUCAUUUGAUUUUUUUGAAGAUCCUUUUGAGGACUUCUUUGGGAACAGAAGAGGUCCACGUGGAAGCAGAAACCGAGGUGGUGGAUCAUUUUUUUCUACAUUUAGUGGUUUUCCUGCAUUUGGAAGUGGCUUUCCUUCAUUUGAUACAGGUUUUACUUCAUUUGGUUCAUUGGGCCAUGGCGGCCUUACUUCAUUCUCCUCGACGUCAUUUGGUGGCAGUGGGAUGGGUAACUUCAAAUCAGUAUCAACUUCUACUAAAAUAGUUAAUGGCAGAAAAAUUACUACAAAGAGAAUUGUUGAGAAUGGACAAGAGAGAGUAGAAGUUGAAGAAGAUGGCCAGUUAAAGUCAUUAACAAUAAAUGGUGUUGCAGAUGAAGAAGCAUUUGCUGAGGAGUGCAGACGUAGAGGACAACAUGCCCUACCUUCCCAGCCUACCAAUCCCCGCCUUCCGAAGUCCCACAGGCCUGCCAGUUCCCCCAAAUAUGCCUAUCAUUAUAAUAGUGAUGAGGUGGAAGAUCAAGAUAGAACUCGGGUUACAAGCAGCUUGGAGACCCCUUUUCAUUCAUCAGGAUACAAAGAAGGCAGCAAGAGGAGGAAGCAGAAGCAGAGAGAUGAGCAGAAGAAGAAGAAGUCAACCAAAGGGAAUUUUUAAAACGGACUCCUCCGACAGUCUCAUACCUUUAUAAUGAUGGCAACAUAUUCUUUUUUGAGCACACAUUUGUGAAUACAUUUUGAUUGUGCACACUUUGUGAAGAUGUCUCAUGUUUUAAACUAUACUAAAAUUGCACUAUGUUACUUUUCAUCAUCACAGGAUGGCUUUUUUGCUAGUCGGGUUAAAGACUUCAAAGUAGGCUGAUGUGGUUAGAAGUGCAUUUUAUUUGGAGAUUGGGAAAAUGUUACAGAAUCUCUUACCUCUACCUUCCUUGGGACUAAAACUACUGUAGUAGUCUAGUGUGUUCUUCUAGGAUUUAAGGGGUUGUAACAAUGUCUGUUUAUGUUCUAGAAUAAUCGGGCAUGUUGAAAUAAGAGGUUAAACCUUGCUUCUAUUCCCCUUUGAUUUCACUGGGAGUAGGAUAUGGAAACUCUUGGAUAUAGCAGUUUAUGCAAACUUGUAAUUCCCUUCUGCGCUCUUUCUUUUUUCCAAACUUGGGAAGAAAAGGUCUGUUCCUAAUACCAUGAUGAGAUAAUCUAGAGUAUGUCAUGAAGGAGUCACUUUCUUUCAUUUUUAAGAAAGUCUGUAAGAUUCUGGUCUCCUGUGUGCAUUCAUACAGAUUCAUCAUAGACUCCCUAUGAAUCAUUUGGUGAAAUCAUUCCUUGUAUUUUUAUCUUUUUAUAGCCUAGAGACAAAUUAUCUAAGUGCUACUUUGAAAUUUGGGCAGUUUCUGCUGAGUGGAUUAUAGAUCCAUUAUAGAUUUUGUUUCAAUAUCCAUAAAAGAUUCUGCUAAGACUUUUUUUUUCUUCUGCAGAGCAUUUACAUAUAGGAUGUCACUUCUAUGUGAGGAAAGUAUAUUUACACCAGUUUUAUUUCAGGACACAUUUUUUAGCUUGAAAAGAAGUGUCUUUACUUUAAAAGAAAUAUUUUUUGAGUCUGGCAAGAUUACUUCCUUGCUUCCCAUAAUAGUUUAAUUUGCAUGAUAAAUUGCUUCUCUUAACCUCUUAAUUGGUGUUGAGUACUAAAUAGAAUCUCUCUAUCCCUGCAACUACUUCCUGCAUGUUCCUUGUCGGUAUGUUGCUUUUUCUCUUUAACCUACAUAUAGGAAUAAUCAGCUGUGUUUUGUUUUUGUUCUUUUGUUUUUCCUUUGCCAACAUGUUGAUAUAACAGGACUUAAACCUGGCAAUGUUGGAAACCCAAGUUUCCUGGAGAAUUUCACUCCUCUUUGAAAUGCAAAAAUGUAGCAAUGAACACAAUGACAUGAAGAAGCUAAACCGAAAAAUAAAACUUGCUGUUGUAGAAUACUCUGAGAAUUGUGGUGUCUACAGUAUUUGGAUUGGUUUAGUUUCUAAUGCUUACUCUAUGAAAAUGUAACCUUACGCAAGCAUAACAUAAUGCAAUGUAUGUUAAGGUAUUUAAAUGAUGGUUUAUCUCAAAUAAAACCGAGUAUUUUUUCUGUCAUUCAAGUACUAUUUAAUUGCGCAGUGUUGUUAAUUAAAAAUAAAGAGAGUUCUGUA